AUGCAAACUUUUCUUGUGUGGGCCGCACUUUGCGUUGGUGAGUUUCAACGGCAAUUUGAACGAAUCGAAUCAAACGGAGGGGUUUCAGGUGCAUUUGCUCAAUUCAGCUCCAGUGGGCAACAGGACAUCAUUAAUGCUCACAACACUCUCCGCUCCAAGAUUGCCAAAGGAACCUACGUUGCCAAGGGAACUCAAAAGCCAGCUGGAAGCAACAUCCGAAAGAUGGUGACCUAGAAUAGGAGUACUAAUAUUAUCUGAGAAUCUCUUCAGAAAUGGGACACCUCAGUGGCCACUUCUGCUCAGAACUACGCUAACGAAUGCCGGAGUAGCCACUCUGGAGUUGCCGGACUCGGAGAGAAUAUUUACUAUUACUGGACUAGUCUGCCCGUCACCAGCCUCGAUAAGAUAGGAUUAAAGGCUUGUGCCGCUUGGGAGAAGGAGUUCCAGGACUACGGAUGGAAGUCCAACCUCCUCGAUAUGAACCUCGUCAAAACUGGAAUCGGACACGCCACGCAGAUGGCUUGGGCCGACUCGUACCUCGUUGGAUGCGGAGUGAAGAGCUGCGGAAAGGACUCGAAAAAAUACGGACUGAAUAGGGUCGUCGUCGUCUGCCAAUACAAGCCACAGUGAGUCGCGCAAAGUGUGAGAGUAGAAACAGAAAGUGAUGGAUUUACAGAGGAAACUACUUAACCCAGAACAUCUACCAGUCGGGAACCACUUGCUCCGCCUGUCCAUCUGGAACUUCAUGCGAAAAGUCUACUGGACUUUGCGCUUAA